AUGAAAUCGAUGGAGAAAACCACCAUCAAGGAGAAUUGGAAGAAGAUCGCGGUAUUCGUCGUCAUACUUCUAGCUUUAUGGCAACUGUCAGCUCAUUUUGGACCCUCUAUGACCUUUGCUACAGUCGGAGACCACGGUGAUUUCGAAUCUUGGUGUCCUCUCGCAGACCCAGACACCAUGAAAGCCAGUACCGACAACUUACGGCCAUCCAAGGACUUUAGCCUCGAUGCUUCUCUGGAAAAGCAAAUCGAAAGACUCUCGGCGGCUGUAAAGUGCCCAACAGAAAGUUUUGAUGACAACGGUGACGUUGAUGAGGAUCCGCGAUGGAGGACUUUUGAUGGCUUCCACGACACGCUGAAAGAUCUCUUCCCGCUUAUUCACGGCCAUGCAAAGCUGGAGAAAGUGAACCGAUAUGGCCUCGUGUACUCCUUUCAAGGUGCAUCCCAACAUCUCAAACCACUCCUCCUGACCGCCCAUCAAGACGUCGUCCCCGCCUCCUCCAUCUCGAAAUGGACCUACCCGCCAUUCGAGCCUCACUACGACGGCCAAUACCUCUGGGGCCGCGGGUCUAGCGACUGCAAAAACAAUCUCAUCGGCGUCAUGUCAGCCGUAGAAUCACUACUAUCACAAGACUGGAAGCCCAGGCGUUCUGUCGUGCUAGCUUUUGGCUUCGACGAAGAAACCGGCGGUGUACGCGGUGCUGCCAAGAUUGCCGAAGUACUAGAGAAAGCUUGGGGUCGUGAUGGCUUCGCUCUGAUCCUGGAUGAAGGAGGUAUGGGUCUCACGACUGUCGGCGAGUAUGUCUACGCUCGCCCAGGUGUUGCGGAGAAAGGGUACAUGGACGCGCAGCUCAUCCUCGAGACCGCCGGUGGCCACAGCUCGCGACCACCAGCGCACAGCGGAAUUGGAAUUAUAGCCGAAAUGAUAGUUGCUCUAGAGCAGAACCCUUACACACCAGUACUGACCAAGGAGAACCCUCUCCGGGGCUUACUGGAAUGUCAAGCCAAGUACACGCCGGGGGAGCUAGAACCCUGGCUGCGGCGUUCUCUGCAGCGUGAUGAUGAUGGUACGGAGAUUGGGAAGAAGCUUGCUGAUGAGAGAGGACCGCAGAUUCGGUUUUCGAUGCAGACAUCGCAAGCUGUGGACAUUAUCAAAGGUGGUGAUAAAGUGAACGCGCUUCCUGAGACUGUCUCCGCCAUUGUCAAUUACCGUAUCGCUCCUCAUGACUCGCUGGACAUCGUGAAGAGCAAGAUCGCAGACCUACUGGAACCCAUCGCUCGGAAACAUAAUGUCAAAGUCGAAGGCUUUGGCAGCAAGAGUAGCGGAGAACGCAGAAGUGAGGGCAGUAACAGUGAGGAAGCAAAACCAUCGUUGGGGACCCUUUACCUCAAGAGCUUGAAUGACCUCUCACCCUCCCCUAUAUCCCCCACAGACAUCCAAAACCCCGUCUGGCACGUCUUCAGCGGCACCAUCCGCCAAGUCUUUGAGGACACCAAAACCCUCGAAGGUAAGAAGGUCAUCCCCGUCGGCGAUAUCAUGCAAGGAAACACCGAUACGAUCCAAUACUGGAACUUGACGAAGAAUAUCUACCGCUUCUCGCCGGCAAGGGAGGGCACGAGAUUCGGCGUGCAUACGAUUGAUGAGCGUAUUGAUAUGACGGCGCAUCUAGAGGGGAUGAGGGUAUAUUACGAGAUGAUACGGAAUUUCGACGCUGCGGAUAUAUAA